AGUAGCUGGAGUGAAGGCUAAGCUGCUGUAGCAAAGAGAUGUUCACAUGCAGUGGCCUAAACGCUGGAACGUUACCUGUUAGUCAACAGUCUGGCCAGUCUGAGCUGGUAAGGCAGUUGUGCACCUUGAUGUCAUUCAGGGUCCCAGGUUCAGCCAUCCCCUAGGCUGCUCUACUGCUUCAGCAGUCUAUACCGGGUCACGGCUACAUCUGCAUUUCAACCUGCUGGAAGAGGAAAGAACCAGAGUCCUUGGGGCUGUUCAAAGACGCCUCUUCAUCUUUAAGCUCCCAGUCCCUUCUUUGGAGAAACAGUCUUACUUUCUCAGUUCACAGUGAUGUCACCAUUCUGCGAGAACAGAGAAGCCGAUGAUGACAGGAAAGUGGUUGCAGAGAUCAUGCAGAGGUGUUUUGUUCCAACUUUUGUAACAGCCAUCUCCUGGGAGGGAUUUCAUUUCGUUGGUCAUGAGAUUCGGAUCACUGAAGCCAUGGAUUGUUACGGUGCUGUUGUUUGGCCAUCGGCCCUUGUUCUAUGCUAUUUUCUGGAAACAAAUGUAAAGCAGUAUAACAUGGUUGACAAAAAUGUGAUUGAAAUUGGAGCUGGAACAGGGUUAGUCUCCAUCGUGGCGAGUUUACUUGGUGCACACGUGACUGCCACAGAUUUACCUGAGUUACUUGGAAACCUGCAAUAUAAUAUUUCCCAAAACACCAAAAUGAAAUGUAAGCAUUUGCCUCACGUUAAAGAGCUCUCCUGGGGUGUAGCUUUAGACAAGAACUUUUCCAAGGCUUCCAGCAACUUUGACUACAUCCUGGCGGCCGAUGUUGUCUAUGCUCAUCCAUUUCUGGAAGAACUCCUCAUUACCUUUGACCAUCUGUGCAAAGAAACCACCGUCAUCCUCUGGGUCAUGAAAUUCAGGUUGGAGAAGGAAAAUAAAUUUGUAGAUAGAUUUAAGGAGUUGUUUAACCUGGAGGAGAUUUCCAGUUUCCCUAGCCUGAAUAUUAAGUUGUAUAAAGCUAUGAAGAAAAAUUGGAGGAGUGCAUGAUAUCCUCAGAGGAGGACUUGGAAAGGGAAGGCAAUUUCUAGUGAUUAUUAUUGCUUUAACAAAGAACCUGGAUGAUCUGAUAUAGCUGACUUUCCCAAGGGUGCACACACACACACACACACACACACACACACACAUACACAUACACAUACAUGCGUGCACACGCACCUUGCCCCAAACAGGGAUUUUCCCAGAUAUAGCACACAGGUGUAUAAGAUGGCAAAGCCAUUCUGUGUGGUAAUUGGUUAGGACAAUGUCUGCUUUCCUUAUCUUUCUAU